AAGGAGGAGCCGCGGCGGCCGCGCACGGGCCGGCGAGAUCCGUAACGGGAGGUAACGGAGGAAACCGCGGCGGGGGCGGAGCGGCGCUGAGGGGGGGCGGUUCGGGCCCCUCGGUAUUUCCGCCUGAGGGGAGGGACGGAGCCCGGGGGCAUUCCUGCUGAGGCGGGCUCCGCGCUGAAACGGGCUUUAAUCAACGAACUAAUCACCGGCCCCCGCAGCCCUCGGUGCUGCUCGGUCCGGCUUUAACUCUUCCAGAUCCUGCGCGACUCCCGCCGGGGCUGCCAGCCAUGCGCACGGCGGGAUGAAGCUGCAGGCGGUGGUGGAGCAGCUGCAGAAGCAGCAGCAGCAGCAGCAGCAGCAGCAGCAGCCGGCCGUGGCCAUGGAUCGCCGCCGCGAGCCGCAGGUGCCGUUCCCGACGCCGCCGUUCCCUGCCCAGCCCCGCGCCGGCCCGGCCGGGCGCUCCCCGGGGGUGUCACCCGCCGUCCCUGCCGCCAGAGCCAGCCCCGCCGCGGCCACACGGCCCUCGGAGCAGAGCGGCAGGAACUCUGAGGACGAGGAGGACGAGGAGGAGGAGGAGGAGGAGGAUGAAGAGGAGGACGAGGAAGACGGCGCCGAGCCGGAGGACGGCGCCGAGGCGCCCGGCCGGGAAAGCUGCUCUGCCCUCGAGUAUUUCCGCGCUCCCAAAGCCGCCCAUCCCAACCAAAGAGUGGCCUGUGCCUCCAGCCCCUUGCCGGCCCCGCGGGGCGCCCAGCAGGGCAAGGAGGAGCAGGGCAAGGACUCUGCCAAGCAUUCCGGGGCCCCGGCGGGGCGCCCCGGCUGGCGCCUGGACGAGCAGCUCAAACAGAACGGCAGCGUGACCUGGAGCGACGAAGGCGACGGAUGCCGGGGAAGGGAAAUCUCCCGAGACUUUGCCAAGCUGUACGAACUGGACAGCGAUCCCGAGCGGAAGGAGUUCCUGGAUGACCUCUUCAUCUUCAUGCAGAAGAGGGGAACCCCCAUCAACCGGAUCCCCAUCAUGGCCAAGCAGAUCCUGGAUCUCUACAUGCUCUACAAGCUGGUGACCGAGAAGGGCGGGCUGGUGGAGAUCAUCAACAAGAAGAUCUGGAGGGAGAUCACCAAAGGCCUUAACCUGCCCACCUCCAUCACCAGCGCCGCCUUCACCCUGCGCACGCAGUACAUGAAGUACCUCUACGCCUACGAGUGCGAGAAGAAGUCUCUGAGCUCCCCGGCCGAGCUGCAGGCCGCCAUCGACGGCAACCGGCGCGAGGGCCGGCGGCCCAGCUACAGCUCCUCGCUGUUCAGCUACUCGCCCUCGCCGCCCGCGCCUCCCUCCCUGCUGUCCCCCCCCAAAAUCCGCUUCCCCAUCAUCGGCGUGGCGCCGGGCAGCGGGACCGGCAACCCGCGGGUGUCGCCGGCCGUCAGGAAAGGCGACGGCGUGCCCCUGACCGUGUCCAUGCCCAGCCGCAUCGCCGUGCCCGUGACGCUGGGCGGCCAGCAGGCCGCCGUGGCGGCCAGGACGGCCACGCUGGAGCAGCUGAGGGAGAGGCUGGAGGCGGGAGAGCCCCCGGAGAAGAAGGCGACGCGGAUGACGGAGGAGGAGCAGCGGCUGGUGCAGCAGGCGCUGCAGCGCAACCUCUUCAGCAUGGCCCGGCAGAUCCCCAUGAAGAUCAAAAUCAACGGGAAAGACAAGGGCGACUCGGCGGCGGCGGCGCUGAACCUGUCCCCCAACGGCAUCGGCAGCAUCAACAUGUCCGUGGAGAUCAAUGGCACCACCUACGCUGGGGUGCUGUUUGCCCAGAAGCCCGUGGUGCAGCUCCUGGCCGGCUCGGGCACGCAGAGCUCGUGCAGCAGCAGCGGCAGCGGCAGCAGCAGCAGCAGCAGCAGCUCGCACUGCUCCCCCAGCCCUACCUCAUCGCGGGGCACGCCCGGCGCAGAGCCCUCCACCAGCUGGUCCCUGUGACGGGCACUGCCCCCAGGAGCACACAUACCUCAUCUCAAGGAACCUGCUCUCGUGGCCGGCCAGCAACAGGAGGAGGAGGAUGGUGGUGGUGGUGGUGGUGGUGAAACCGUUCCAUGCCAGCGAGUUUUCCUUCAUCGUCUCUUUGUCCGGCCUUUUUUUGCUUUGUUGCCUCCCGUUUCCUUCCUCCCUUUUGCUCUUUGUUUCCUCCUCCUCCUCCUCGCAGGGUUAGUGGUGUUCCCGUGGAGGGGGGCACACCUGGCGUUUCUCAAUCAGGGGUGGGCUCCGGGCGCGGCCGGGACGUCACCAGGGCAGGGCCAGGGCUGGGAAUCCUGAGGGGCCACGAGGGCUCAUCCCACCCACAGCUCCGUGUUUUGACAAUCCUGGGGGGCGCCUGGCCCUGUCCUCCCAUGGCAAUCUGCUUGUGUUCCUCCCUGCUGUGUCCUCACGGGAGCCUCCCGAGCCUCCCCCCUGCUCCUCUCCACGGUUUUGGCACCAUCAGCCGCUCGGUUCUGGCCGGUGCCACCUCACCCCUCGAGUCUUGAGCGCCCCAGAGUGUCCUGUGUCCCCCGAGGGGUGACACCCGCAGCCCAGGCGUCACCUGGGCUGGUCCAGGCUCCCUGGAGCGGCUCUGGAAGCUCUGCAGGGCUGCGCUGAGCACAGGGCUGCUGGUGGCAUCCAGCCGGGCACCCCUGUGGCUGGGCCGCUUAAACCUGGGGCUUUGGGGCUCUGAGCGAACCCCCUCCGACUGUACCCGAGCAGGGGAGAAGCAGGGCGCAGGGAAUCCAGCCCUUCCCUGCCCUGGAAGCAGAGCUGGAGUUCCCUGGCUCCGUGAGUCGGCUGCUCAGGUGGCCUGGUGCCGUCCCCGUGUCCCUGCGGCCUGUCCCCAUCGCCCUGCCCUGGUGACGUCCCUCCCGUCCCUCCCGCCCCGCUGACGUCCCUCCCGCGCUCCAGGCCCGAGUCAGGUUUUUUGAGCAGACGAAAUACCUCAGAUAUGUACUUGUUGGGUUGGUUUUGUUUGUGUUGGGUUGGUUGUUUUGUUUUGUUUUUUUUAACUUCUUCAGGAAGUAUUGGCAUAUCCUAUCGCUUUGGGGGUUUUCGUAGGUGGGUUUGCUGACUCUUGCGUUUGCUUUUAUUUGUGUUCGCUUUUAAACGGAUCACCAAAGACAGGGAGUUCAAACAAGGCUGAGCAGAGGAGCAGUGGCUUCCCCACCCUGCAGGAGCCGAGCUCCAGCAUCAUCCCAGGACACGUGCACGGCAGGACAGCGGGAGAACGGGGCAGGACUCAUCCUGGGUGCUCUGCCCUCGCUUUUCCCAGCUCCGGGCUCUCUCCUCGUGCUGGUUGGUUCACUGUGGCAGGGCCGUCCUGCCCCCCGCAUUCCUGAGCACUCUCUGGGAGCAGGGGCUGGGAAUGCACGUGUCCUGAGAGGAUGCUGCUCUCGGCUGUCCCGGAGCCGGGCUGACCCGCAGGCUCCAUGGCAAUUCAUCCUCGUGGACUCCCAGAGGGUUUUCCUGCCUCUGGGACUCAGUCCGAUGAUUUCCCCCCCUUUUUAUUUUCUUUUUUUUUUAUUAUUAUUUUAUUCGGGGGUGGGCUUGGGGCUGUUUCCUCUGAGCGGGGCCGGGGCACUUUCUGCUUUUCCCUCUGCUCCGCUCCGGGGUGGGGUUGCUUUGUCUCACUCGCUAACGUUGUGUUUUCUUGCACAGAAAGGCACUCGAAUCACUGAACUGCUUGGACACUACUAGAGUAUUAAUGUUUAUAAGCUUUACUCAACCUAGACUGGAACUAGCCAGGGACUAACAAGAUUGUUUUGUAUCCAAUUCAGGGAAAGAAUCAGGUCGGGAAGCGUAACAGAUACCUCAGUUAAAUAAGCUGCAACAAUAAACCGGUCCUUUUCCCAGCCCGGGGUGACAAAGGACCAUCCAGACUGUGAAGAGUUAACCCUUUCCCUCAGCCUGGCUUUGGCCCUGGCAGCCUGAGCUGCGGGUCUCCUGCUGAGCUGCCAGGCUUUGGGUUCGGGGUGCUGGAAACCAGCAGCAGCGCGGGGGAGGCCGAGCGGGGGCCGCCCCGGCCCCGUGUAGUACUCAGGGUUGGAUGCUGCCGGCAGGACGUUCCCGAGGGCACUGCUCCGCUUUGCAGCGUCGCUCCAUCCUCCCCCAGCUCCACGCACCAGCCAAAAAAACCCCCAGCCGGCCCCCGGCCUGCUCCCCCGGCGCUUCCAGGGGGGAAAAGCGACCCGAGCCUGCUCCCGGGGCUGCCGGGGGGAAGGCACGGAGGGUUGGGACGAGGGGAGGCUCCCGCGGCGAACGCGAGCGUUCCCCGGGGACUGCCAUCAGAUGUUCUCUCCAAACAGCUGCAGCAGCCUUGCUAACUAGUUUUCUUACCUAUUUAAAAAGAGGAAAAAAAAAAUAAUAAAAUAAGUAAAUAAAAACAAAUGUGAUAGCCUAGGCGGUGGAUAAAUACCUCAACGUCUCCUUCCAACAAGUGUCUGUAUAUGUUGUUGUUGGGUUUUUUCUA